UUUAAAAAAAAAAAAGAGAAGGAAAAGUAAAAGGGGGCAGACGGGCGGCGCAGAGAUGGCGAGGGACAGCUGCCUGGCGCGCGUCACCGCCGGCGUUGCGAUAGGCGGCGCCGUCGGCGGAGCUGUUGGUGCGGUUUAUGGGACUUAUGAGGCUAUUAGAUACAAGGUCCCUGGUUUACUCAAAAUCAGACAUAUUGGGCAAACAACUCUUGGAAGUGCAGCUGUUUUUGGGCUCUUUUUGGGAGCUGGGAGUUUGAUACACUGUGGAAAAUCUUACUGAGUGCGCUCGGAAAAUUUGAGGUCGACAUGUAAGGGUUGAGUUCUGCGCAAGAAGUGGUCGAAGUGAAUGUCCUGUUUUUUGCUGUGUAUUUGAAGUGAUUUUCUUUGACAUGUAUUGGUGCUCGGGCUCAAAAUGUACCGUUUCACCACUUUUUCCUUCCAUCCAAAUUAGAUCGAAGAAACAAAAUGGUACCAUUUAUUGAAAUUUGUCAAGUGGUGUUGGAAGUUACUAGUGACCAACCAAAUAA